AUGCCCGCCGCGACGGCGACCACCGCCCGCCUCCGCCUGCCGCUGCUCGAAGCGGCCCGCCGCUCGCCCGACUCCGCCCGGCCCCGCCUCGAUUGCCGCCGCUGACGGGCAACCAUCCGCCCGGCCAUGGACGCCCUGUCUCGCCCCGCCGUCGUCAUCGACAACGGCACCGGGUACACGAAGAUGGGGUUCGCGGGGAACGUGGAGCCCUGCUUCAUCACCCCCACCGCCGUCGCCGUCAACGACUCCUUCUCCGCCUCCGCGCAGCCGGCGCCCAGGGGCGCCCCCGCCAAGGGGAACUGGCUCGCGCAGCACAGCGCCGGCGUCAUGGCCGACCUCGACUUCUACAUCGGGGAGGAGGCGCUGGCGCGGUCCCGCGCCAGCAGCACGUACAGCCUCAGCUACCCCAUCCGCAAUGGCCAGGUGGAGAAUUGGGAUACUAUGGAGAGGUUCUGGCAACAGUGCAUCUUCAAUUACCUGCGGUGCGAUCCGGAGGACCAUUACUUUCUUCUAACCGAGAGCCCUCUGACUGCUCCCGAGACCCGGGAGUACACCGGAGAGAUCAUGUUCGAGACGUUCAAUGUGCCUGGCCUCUAUAUUGCAGUGCAACCAGUCCUUGCGCUCGCUGCUGGGUACACUACCACCAAGUGUGAAAUGACAGGUGUUGUAGUUGAUGUGGGUGAUGGAGCUACCCACAUUGUUCCUGUUGCUGAUGGUUAUGUCAUCGGGAGCAGUAUCAGAUCUAUUCCGCUUACAGGCAAGGAUGUUACCCAGUUUGUCCAGCAACUUAUGAAGGAAAGAGGUGAGAACAUUCCGCCAGAGGAAUCUUUUGAUGUAGCGAGGAGGGUUAAAGAAAUGUACUGCUAUACUUCUUCAGACAUUGUGAAGGAAUUCAAUAAGCAUGACAGAGAGCCGUCGAAGUACAUUAAACACUGGACUGGCAUCAAACCAAAAACUGGUGCAAAAUACACAUGCGACAUUGGAUAUGAGCGAUUCUUGGGGCCUGAGAUAUUCUUCAACCCAGAGAUUUACAACAGUGACUUCACCACUCCUUUACAAGUUGUUAUUGACAAGUGCAUCCAAUCAUCCCCAAUCGACACAAGAAGAGCUCUGUAUAAGAAUAUUGUCUUGUCUGGAGGAUCGACUAUGUUUAAGGAUUUCCAUCGGAGAUUACAACGGGACCUAAAAAAGAUAGUGGAUGCACGGGUCCGUGCAUCUAAUACUCGGCUUAUUAGUGGAGAUCCGAAGGCACAACCUAUAGAAGUGAAUGUGGUCAGUCAUCCGAUUCAGAGAUAUGCAGUAUGGUUUGGAGGUUCUGUGCUUGCUUCCACAGCAGAGUUCUACGAGGCGUGCCACACAAAAGCAGAAUACGAAGAGUAUGGCGCGAGCAUCUGCCGAACAAAUCCUGUUUUCAAAGGGAUGUAUUGAAUAGAACCCCGGUGCAUUGAACAGGAGAGCAAAUCUCAAGGUGGACAUGAAAAAUGCCAUCCCCAUGCGAUCAACCCGAGCCUGCACACCCCCUGCAAGAAUGGGGAGACUUAAGGUUGAGGUGCCUGACAAGAGAUCCAGUAGAAGGCUCGCCGCAUGAGUUGUACAAACCAACCAAAGUGCGCAUAGAUAGACCCAUAUUGCAUCUAUAUUUCUCCAUUGCUCUGUAGAUGCCGGUAGCCUGGCAGCGGCUUUGUCACCUGCCUGGGUCGCGCCCAAUUGGCCUACAGCUGCCUGUACUAUAAUCUUUGCUAACUUGUGGCGCGUUGUAAUUUGUAGCGUCAACAUUGUUGUUUCUGGUGAUGCGGCGUUGUGCCUUGUAGAUCUAAUACAUGAUUCGUUUGACGGUGUUCUCUCC